GGGCAGUAGAAUUUGUGGCGGCAUCGGGUGCGGUGUGUUGUUGUAAGCGUGUACUGCGUUUCGUUAGGAACCCGGGCACAAAGCUGUUCAAAAAUGUCUGGUCGCGGACAGUUGUUCAUCGGCCGCUUGCCGUUGGACACCAGAGAAAGGGACGUGGAGCAAGUAUUUGAACGGUACGGCCGUCUUCUUCGGUGCGACGUCAAGUACGGCACCGGCAUGGCUUAUGCCUUUGUGGAUUACGAGGACCACCGAGACGCCGAGGACGCAGUCAAGUACGAGAACGGCCGGGAGAUCCGGGGCCAGAGCGUGGUGGUGGAGUGGGCCCGUGGGCCCUCCUUCCGGCCAUCAGCUGGCAAGCAAACUAGGCAGACACCAGACAGACCUCGGGACCGUAUGGGCUAUCAGAGCUUUGAUGAGUGCUACCGCUGCCGUCGGACUGGCCACUGGGCCCGUGACUGCCCAGAGCUGGACCACGAGAGAGCCCGCUACUACGGAGGAGGAGGUGGAGGAGGAGGACGCAGGAGCCGCAGCCGUAGUCGCAGCCGCAGCAGGAGUCGGAGUGGGCACAGGUCAUAUCGCGCCCGCGGUCGCCGCUCUCGAUCAAGGUCGUCGAGCCGCCGCCGCAGCUGGACUCGCACACCUUCGCCACGUGACAGCCGGCACCGCUCUCGUCGGGAUGUCUCGGAAAAUGGUGGCCGCCGCAGUCCUAGCCCUGUCCGUCGAGGCAGCCGGAGCCAGUCACGCUGAUGUCUCUCCUCUGCGUGCAGUCGUCAUUGUCUUGUGUCUGCGGCAACAGUUCGAGUCUGGCUGUUGCAGCAAUAAAGUGUGUUGUGUUUGUUUGUGAAA